UUAAAAGGCCUGCGGUUUGUUUUUACGGAACUACUUUCGUGUCCAUCCGAGUACAGAGUUCUAGUCCUUUAACUGGCUGUUUUAGAGCUUAUUUAAGUUAUUUCUCUAACCAGAUGAAGUGUGUGAUUUAUAUUUUAUAUUAUAGUUGUUUAUAUGAAUUACGGUGCGUUGUUUAAGAGACAAAAGGCAGUAAGCUCUAGUUUUCCACACGGAUCCGAUGUGCGGCCUUUUCUUUUUCAUGGACGUCCGCCAUCUUGAAUUUUAAUGUUGAUUUUAAAGUGUAGCCAAGUUCGAUAUGUUUAUCAUUAUUUUUUAGGAUUUUACUUCGAAUUCGGAUCAUAAUCGAAGAUUCACGUCUGAUUCGCAAUGGCAGCCAAUGACUAACACAGAGACUCAAUGCGACUAACGCAGGCGUUCUGCGGGUAUGAAGUGGAUGGGAGAAUCCAAGAAGAACAUGGUAGUAAAUGGCAGACGACAUGGCAGCAGGUUCAGCGAACAGCCGGGGAGCCAAAGCCGCACUCAGCAUCUGCGUCACAGCAAGAGCUCGCUCAGCAGCCGGAGAUGCAGCCGCCGUUUCAACGGUGGUCCGAUGGAGGCGGAAAGACGCCACGUCCCGUCAUCCGGAAUGACGGCGAAGGAGCUGUGUGAGAACGACGACCUGACCACGAGCCUCAUCCUCGACCCUUACCUCGGCUUUCAAACCCAUAAGAUGAACACCAGAUUUCGACCCAUUAAAGGAAGACAAGACGAGCUGAAGGAGAUUAUCGAGAGUUUUAAAAAACACAGUGACCUGGAGAAAGCUUUCGAAGCUUUAACUUGCGGAGAUUCCUCCAGAAAUCAUCUUCUGUCCAAGACUAAGGCGCAGGAGAAGCUUUUCAAGCAACACGUCUUCGUGUAUCUGCGCAUGUUUGCCAGCGACAGCGGGUUUGAGAUUUUGCCAUGCAACCGUUACUCGUCCGAGCAAAACGGAGCCAAAAUCGUCGCAACUAAAGAAUGGAAGAGGAACGAUAAGAUCGAGCACCUGGUGGGUUGCAUCGCCGAGCUGUCAGCUAGCGAGGAGAACAUGUUACUGCGCCACGGCGAGAACGACUUCAGCGUCAUGUACUCCACUCGCAAAAACUGCGCACAGCUCUGGCUCGGACCCGCCGCCUUCAUCAACCACGAUUGUCGGCCAAAUUGCAAGUUUGUGUCGACCGGCCGCGACACGGCUUGCGUUAAAGUUCUCCGAGACAUCGAACCAGGGGAAGAAAUUUCCUGUUACUAUGGCGACGGGUUUUUCGGAGAAAACAACGAAUAUUGCGAGUGCUACACGUGCGAAAGACGUGGCACCGGUGCUUUCAAAUCAAAAGUGGGACUUCCCGUGGCAGUUCCUGUUAUCAACAGCAAAUACGGCUUGAGGGAGACCGACCGGCGACUCAACAGGCUGAAGAAGCAGGAAGAAGCGAGUCAGAACUCCGACGUCCGAUCCGUCGACUCUCACACAGACGCAGACACUCAGGAUUCUCCAAAAACACACUCAUCGUCUAGGAAAAGAGCGCCGUCUAGCACGAGGGUAAAAACCAGGAGUCAUGAUGGACAGUCUCUCUCUAGAGCUUACACAUCUACCUCACCUUCCAAACAAAGUCAAGCUAAUAACAGGGUACCAAAGAGACUGAAAUCGAAACCCUCCAAGCCUUCGCUCACGAGUUUGAGGUUACGGAGCCAAAGCCGAGGGUCGGAGGCGAAGACCUCCGGUAAAGAGCCGAAAGCGGCGCUCUGUAGUGACGUCCGUGUGAAAAAGGAGAAAGACUCGCUUAGGACUUUUAACUCGGCAGGAUCGAGGGACUGCAUAACACGACACAACGCGAAGGAAAACAAUCAGCCGUCUUUAAAAUGUCCCGCAGAAUCCGAGAGCUGCACCUACAGGACGCGAAGGUCAACCAGGACUUUACAUAAAGCACAGGAAGCGGACGGUGUUGACGGUGUUAACGGCGAACGAAGCACUUUCCAAGGACAAACCCCGGUCAUUAAAACGGAGCCGGAGGACAUGGAGGAGUAUCUCGCUCACGGCUUGAGGUCGGACCAGAAAACACCUGAAGACGUCUACGUGAGGAGAGUCUCUAACUCCCAGCGUCACCAGUUCACUCAGCUCCACCUGGACAGGAGGAUAAAGAGCGAGGACAAACGCAGCGAACAUUUCACCCCAAGGUUCAUGCAAAGUCCCAGCGUGAAGGACGUGCUCCUGGGGUUUCCCGAAAGGACUCGGCAUUGCGGUUCCUCCAGAAAGGACAAAUCUAAAGGAGGAAGUCGGAGUUUGGGAAAAGGGAAGAAAAAGAACAGAAUUCCGCACUACGACGCGGUGAUCCUGGACAGCAGCACAGGGAUUCCCAAGCUGACCCUGCGCCGACGGAGGGACAGCGGCGAGACCAGACAGGCUCACAUGAACUCCUCGAAGAUCAGCAUCAAGCUCGGGAAAGAGCACGAGCGAGACGAGGGAAGCUCUUACGGAGCCAGGUUCAACAACGGCUUCGCUUCGGCGCCCCGAAGCAGCUCCAGCAAACUGAAGAUCCAGCUGAAGCGCGAGGACAGCGAGCACCUGGUCACGCAGACGUUUCUCCAUAGCAACCACAGGAGCAAGCGUGCGGAACAGCAGCCUUCGUCGGAGGAAGAGGAGGAGGAGGAGGACGACGAGGAGGAGGAGGAGGAGGAGGACGACGAGGACGACGAUUACGAGGACGAUUUCAUCCCGCUUCCACAAGCAAAACGUCUCCGGCUCAUUCUCGGGAAAGAUUCCAUAGACAUCGAUAUCUCCUCCAGGAGGAGGGAGGAUCAGUCGCUGAGGCUCAACGCAUAAGCUCACCUUCAGACUCACAUGUACAUAAACUUCAGGUUAACUCCGAUCAUGUCCCCGAAAAGAAAACCACAGUUCAACGAACAAUUUGAGCUGUUUUUUUUUUCCCCCCCUCAGUCUAAUCUAAUCUAAUCUAAUUCUCUCUCCGCUGUAUGUGUAGCGUGUGUGAGGUCGCCGCGGAUAACAGUUCCAACGUUUCGCCGAACACAGACUUCAAACGACACUUUAAACGGAAGCCUACGCAGGUUCGCGUUCGAGUUUUAAACAGAGAAUCAUGUAACAUCGGUUAAAACCAGCCGCCGAAACACAAAGCUGUGAGCGCGGGAUUGAUGACGAUGUUGACGAUGACGACGAUGAUGAUGUAAUUGUAGAUUACAAUUUUUUUAGAUCGCUCCGAUGACAGACUUUACUUCAUAAAGCGGGAUCGUUACACCAUCGAAGCCCAACAACUACACAAGCACAGAUCGUUUCAUAUAAAAUAAACGUAUCGUUUAUACAGUUUAGAGUUCGCGAACGUAAAUAUCGUGUUCUUUAUUUAAACACAUUUAGUAUUCAGGUGUUCAUUACAUCAGUGAUGUAGCAAAGUGGGAUGCAAAAUUAAUCGGCUCACAAACAGAGGAAAAACGAUAAAACGACACAGAGGUUAUCUGUUAUCAGCUUUAUUUGUGGGCGGGGCUUCUCACUCCUCCCCCUGUCAGUCACGGCGAUGGGUAUCACGGUGAAGUAUGCAGAAGAGGGUGAGCGGCUCUUUUGUUUUCCGUCACGCAUCCUAAACGUCUAUUCCCGAACUCUGUCCAUCAUCUGCACCUAAGACUCGAGUUCUAAUACAGAAUUUUGAGCAAACGAUUUCUUUUUAAUCAAGAAACGGUGGAACUUCCUGUCCGCAGUAAUCACACACGCCGUACAGAUACAGCAGAGAGAGACCUUCAUUAAAAAUUUGUAAAUUGUUAAAAUGCACUUAACGGACGUCUCUCGCUUGUAAAUAUUUUUUGUAAAGUAAGGAAACUCACGUGACAUCAUCACGGUGUUGUUUUUUUUUUUUAACGCCAUGCUCUGCUGGAAUCAGGUGAAGACACCAAUCUGAUGAGUCAUGUAGCACCAUGGGACUAUUUCUUUGUGUGGAUACACUUCCCUACGCUGUCGUACCGUGAGCGUAUCCGCAGAGCACAGAACUGACAUGGUUUGUUUUAUUUUGUUUUUCCUCCUUCUGAAAUGUAAUUGGUGCUGAUUCUCCUCGCCGUCACGCCAGAGCUGACGCGUCGCGGCGAGAAACCGUGCGUGAAUCGUACGGUGUUGGAUUUUGUGAAACGGCAGAAUUCCAUGCCAUCGGUGCUCAUACAUUAGGACUUUCUGUGAAUUUGUCACCACAAAACAUUCCACACAUCAUGAGGUUUUUUUCUCUCUCUCUCUCUGUGUGUCUCUCCGUCUCUCUCUCUCUCUCUCUCUGUCUGUCUCUUUUUGUGUCUUUCUCUCUCUCUGUGUGUCUCUCCAUCUCUCUCUCUCUCUCUCUCUGUCUGUCUCUUUUUGUGUCUUUCUCUCUGUCUGUCAGUCUCUCUCUCACACUUUCUCUCUCACACUUUCUCUCUCACACACACACACACACACACACACACACACACACACACACACACACACACUCUUUCUGUCUCUCUGUCUCUCUCUCUCACACACACACACACACUCUGUCUCUCUCUCUCUCACGCACACAUUCUCUUUCUGUCUCUCUGUGUCUCUCCGUCUCUCUCUCUCUGUCUGUCUCUUUUUGUGUCUUUCUCUCUGUCUGUCAGUCUCUCUCUCACACUUUCUCACACACACACACACACACACACACACACACACUCUCUCUCUCUUUCUGUCUCUCUCUGUCUCUCUCUCUCACACACACACUCUCUCUUUCUGUCUCUUUGUCUCUCUCUCUCUCUCUCACACACACACACACACUCUCUCUCUUUCUGUCUCUCUCUGUCUGUCUGUCUCUCACGCACACACUCUCUUUCUGUCUCUCUGUCUCUCUCUCUGUGUCUCUCCGUCUUUCUCUCUCUCUCACUCUCUCUCUCACUCUCCCCCUCUCUCUCUCAGAUCGUUCGACCCAGAGUGUGUGAUAUUCACACACGGCAUUACCUUCUGUCUCUAUGACGAUUAACGAUGAUCUUUAAAUGUCACGCUUUCGUUCUUUACCUCUUCUUUCCCUGGAAGCGUUCACCCUAAUCUCAGCACUAAUCACCAUUAAGGCAGAUUAUUUUCUAGGACAGUACAAAUUCUUCAUCCUUAUUAGUUAUUUAUUGAUCACUUAGCUACAGCAUCAUUUCCCGAAGUCUUUUCGUCCCCUCACGUUGUCCGCAUCCCAACAAUUCUUUCAGCUGUUAUAUUUAUUCCGCAGUCUAAUUUUUAUCCGUUUCCUUUUACGUUUUCAGUUCGUUCCUCUUCUCGCUGACGCUCUAGCAGCUAUAAACAGUCGUUCCCUCACCGGCUGUACAGCUCGUCAGAAACUCCCCGAAACUGGAGACUCCUUCUAUAAAAAAGGUUAAAUAAACUCCGCCUCCUCACAGAGCAUCAGUCAAACAGGUGGUUUACGUUAUCCUUGGUUUAUUGUCCUUUAAAUUUCGCCGAACGAUGUUUGUAGCCGUGUUGCUGAAUGAAAACUGAAAACAAGUCGACGUCUUUACGGCCAAUCGGCUUUCAGAAUCGAGCGGCGCCGUGGUUUAAGUGAGACGAUAAGCGAACUCAUUCCUCCGAUAGCACACGGUGCCUUUGACGUCAAGGCCCAUGACAUCAUGACAUUUACUUAUCCAGAGCAACUUUUUUUUUUUCAUCUCAUUUUAUACAACAGCAAUUGAGGGUUAAGGGCCUUGCUCAGGGGCCCGGCCCUGGUAUUCAAACUCACAACCUUCCAAUUGGUGAACCAACACCUUAACCACUGAGCUACCGCAUCCCUGAUCACGUGACAUCAUGACAUCUCUCUGGUCGGUUCCUCUGUGCUCCUUGAUGCUGUAGAACAUAUCACGAGACGCCUCGAGUCCCAGACUUCAUCCCGUCUUCCUACUAACUCAUGUAUAUCUCUCUCUCUCUCUCUCUCUCUCUCUCUCUGUCUCUUUUUCUCUCUCUUUAAUCCUCUGUUCCUGCACCAUUUAUUCUGUCCAUCUCUGUAAAGCCUCCAGUUACGAUUCCAGCUCCGACUCUGUGUGUGUAUAGUGUGUUUAUAAGGGUUUGGGGUACAUGUGACAUAGAAAAGCAAAUGUGCAGAAGUUGCCCACUAUUUAAAACUUGUUUUUAUUUAACAGUUUUGAGAUACUUGAAAUGAAGAUAAAGUCCCUUUGGGGGAAAAUUCAGACCA